AUGGGUGUUUGGCUUGACGGGUCAUGGUCGUGGCAACUUGAUUUAAAUUUAGAGGAUGCUAAUGUUUCUCUAAUCCAGGAGUAUCAUGAGUUAUCUGAGCUAUUGUUGGAAUUUUGCCCUGUUACUAGGCAGAAUGAUUCUAUAAUUUGGCCGUUUUGCAAAUCUAAAACUUUCUCUGUACUAAGCUGUUAUGACAGGUUAUCUUGUUUGCUGGAUGGUGGUGUCUUGGAUGACGAGUGCAGGCUUGCGUUAAGAACCUCAUGGAAAGCAAUUUCACCUGUGAAAACAAAAGUCUUUGUUUGGAGGCUUUGUUUGAAUAGACUGUCUUCUAGAGACAACCUCUUAAGGAGAGGCUUGAUGCUUAACUCACACGAACUGGUGUGCCCAUUAUGCCUCUUAGUUGAUGAAGAUAUCAUUCACCUGUGCUUCUGA